UCUCUCUCUCUCUCUCUAUAAAUAAUUAUUGCUUGUCCACUUAUUUACGCCCCCUUCUCUCAAUCACUUCCAUUUCUCGCCGGUUCCAAAAGUCAGCGCCUCCUUUCUCCGCCGCGAAGAUGGCGGAUCAGGACUGGGAUCUGCACGCCGUCGUCAGAGGCUGCGCCGCGGUCACAUCUUCCGGCACGCCCGACCUUCUUCACCCUCCAUCGUCGUCGUCGUCGUCCUCGUCCUGCUCCUCCGGCUUUCACCCACCACCACAGGAUCCUCACUUUCUCUUCUCUCCAGAUCCAGCCGCCACUACUAGGACCCCCGUUGCUGAGUUGCAAGAUCUCUUCAGACCCUUCCUCCCCAAAUCUCAACCACCCCUCUCCGUUCUGGCAAGAUUACAAGAUCUAUCUCCCCCUCCGCCGCCGCCGCCGCCGCAACGGCCACAGCUAAAGCAGCAGCCUCCUGUUGCUUCUGCAAAUACUAACCCAAGUCCAAGGUCUAAGAAAAGGAAGAACCAACUGAAGACGGUGUCGCAUGUCCCGGCUGAGGGCUUGUCUUCUGACAUGUGGUCUUGGAGAAAAUAUGGCCAAAAACCCAUCAAAGGCUCUCCAUAUCCAAGAGGGUAUUACAGAUGCAGCACAUCGAAAGGGUGUUCGGCCCGGAAGCAAGUGGAGCGGAACAGAUCCGACCCCGGAAUGUUCAUCGUCACAUACACCGGCGAGCACAACCACCCGAUGCCCACCCACCGGAAUUCUCUCGCCGGAAGCACCCGCCAGAAGCCCGUCGCGGCCGCAGCCGGCGACCCCAGCAAACCCGCUCCUUUCUCCCCUCCCGUCUCGCCGGCGACCGAGAAGGUAGAGGGCAGAGAAGACUUGGUGGAAGUCGACGAAGAUGACACGGACAUGGCCAUCAGUGAUGAUUUCUUCGAGGGUUUGGAGGAUCUAACCGGCCCGGAUUCCGAAGACUGCUUGUCGGAUCUCUCGCCGUCCAGUCUGCCGGUCCCUUGGCUGGCCACCACGACUGCAGCCGGCGGGGGCUGAACCGCCUGAAAAGUGGUUCCUUUACAUGUGUAUGAACCAAGCUUUACGAAUCCCACCUUUUUCAAUGUAUAUUUUUGUCCGUUAGAGAGAGUUUUUUCACUUCUUUUCACCAUUGCAGCGAAGAAUCUUCCAAUUUCAAUGUUUUGACUUUUGGUUACUUGUAAACGUAAAAUUCUCCUUCCAUCAUAGCCACUCUUGUAGAAGAAAAAGGUGGAUUCCUCCUACCCUACACAUUUCAUUUGUAUCAUCAUCAUUAUUAUUAUUAUUAUUAUUAUUAUUAAUUAAUAAUGUAUUUUAUAUA